CAAAAUAUAGAUGGUCUAAGCACGCUUAUAACAUCGGCUUACUAUAAGUGUAAUCCACGUCCAAAGUGUCCCAAUUGUAGUAACUCUGCACAUUUAUAUUGUGAUAAAUCUGACAACCGCUGUAAGCCUUUUAUAAAGGCCGAUGACUGUGGAGCAGGUACUGUAUUUGUCCCUGCAAUAAUAUAUUGUGACCAGGCAGUAUAUGGGAACCAACACUAUGGAGUAAAUGGAGUAUAUCUCGAAACAUAUGGCGUUAGUUACAAAGGACGAGACCAGGCUUAUUACUUUGGUGACUAUUACGACUACUACAAUAAGCCACGAUCUUCUAACCCGUCAAAUUAUCGACCAACGUAUGCCGGUUACUUUCCAACUCGUCAACCAUCAAACAGACGUACACAAGGACGAUACAAGAGACAAACAUCGCGUGAACAGUAUCGACCAAAAGCGUAUACAGCUGAUGGACGUCCAUGCAAAAUUGAAUGUUUCACAGGAUACGGUCAAAACCAGAACCCAACCUAUGGUUCAUGUCCGACUAGAAUUUAUUUAGAAGAGUAUGUUGAACCGACUCCGAAAAGACGAAAAAGACCCAAACAAGGUAGGAAGCCAAAGGCAAAUACUUACCAAACGCCGUAUGUUGAAAGAAGUGAGAACAUAUAUCCAAGACCUGAUUCAUCUUACAGAGCACCUCCUGCCUCCCGUCAGUCAGAGUACUAUCGCGUUACGUGCCCUUGCGAAUUUCAACAAUACACAUACUGCCCCACGUAUAUACCUGGAUAUACAAAAUCUAAGGGUUGUACGUACAAUGGACGAUUUUAUGCGGAGGGAAGCUCAUUCCCGUCCACUGAUCGAUGCAACACGU